AAAAAAAAAAAAAACAUCAUUGGAGAAAAAACAGAAAGAACCAAUCUGGAAACAAGUCAAAAGAAAAAGAAAAGACCAAGAUCCGAGGUUUCUCAAUUUGGUCGACUGUAAGUCUGUAAUGUUUGAAACAUUGAUUUGAUUUCAUCAGUAGAAGAUCAGUGAUGAAGCAGAAAGAGUUGACUUUAUUGUUAUGUCUCAUAUGGGCACUAACCAUUCUCUAUGGUGAAAUGUUCUCUUACUGGCUUCCACCUCUCUUCACUUGUUCAUGGCCCCAUUUGAAGGUUCAAACAAAGAGUGAGAGUUACCAAACUGAUUAUGUCAAAGUUGCUGUUAUUGCAGAUCCACAGCUCAUGGACAAAACUUCUCUCCCUCUUCCUGACAAAUCUCUUGCGCUGGAGCUUGUGAAAUUCUACACUGAUUUAAACAUGCGUAGAUCAUUCUUUUCAUCGAUCCUGCCUUUCAAACCUGAUGUCAUAUUGUUUUUAGGCGAUUACUUCGAUGGAGGUCCUUAUUUAUUAGAUGAAGAAUGGCAGGAGUCUUUGAACCGCUUUAAACAUAUCUUUGGUUUGAACGCACAGGGAAAAUACACGGACAAGGAAGUUUAUUACAUUCCUGGAAACCAUGAUAUUGGUUAUGAAACUCUUCAUUAUGCAAAGCCAGAGGUUAUCAGACGCUACGAGGAAACAUUUGGGAUUAGAAACUACAGAUUUGCAGUUGGAAAAGUGGAUUUUAUUGCUGUCGACGCACAAACUCUUGAUGGACACCGGCAAAAGAAUCUGACGUCUCAAACUUGGGAGUUUGUAAAGAAUAUCUCUGUAGAUAAUGUAGUUCGUCCAAGAGUCUUAUUAACACACAUUCCUCUAUAUCGACCGGAUGGUACUUAUUGUGGCCCUGAUCGUAGUUCUCCAAUUAUUAAUCAGAGGAUACAACGCGCUGCGUAUGAUAAAACUAAUGAUAUUACGUAUCAGAAUUACGUUUUUGAGAAGACAUCAAAGUAUUUACUAGAUACUAUCAAACCUAAGCUUAUUUUAUCUGGCCAUGAUCAUGAUCAAUGCACCGUCACUCAUCAAUCUAAAUCCGGGCCUGUAAAAGAGCACACUCUAGGUACCAUAAGUUGGCAACAAGGAAAUUUGUAUCCUUCUUUCAUGCUGUUAUCUGUCGAUAACUCGACUCUUCCAAAUGCUUCCAUUCCAGAAGAGCAUGUGUUGAGUCAUCUAUGUUAUCUUCCAAAGCAAUUACACAUUUAUAUGUGGUAUAUUGUUCUAUUUGUUCUUACCCUCCUUGCCCUCCUACUUUGGCCAACAAGCAGCACAAGUUUCUGGCACCAGUGUUGGAACUUGGCGGGUCAUUUUAAACAACUAAUAGCUUCCAUGGUAUCUAGAAGCGAAACAAAAGAGAAGGACGAGGAUGCCAACUAUGAAUACGAGAUGAUGUGGGAUGCAGAAGGUUCAAUGCAUCUUAUAAAGAAACCCUUGAAGACAUCCACUGUAAAUUCAAAUGAACGAAGCUUAGGAGAAAGGGGUAAUGCAGUAAUGCGGCCAACUGUUAGAAAAAAUACGGGUCAAGAAGCUGAUUUCUCUGUGAAUAUGGACAUGGCUUCAAGCACCGGACUUGAUCCUCUAGCAAAACUACCUCCCAGAACAGGAAAAUCAAAGACAACAAUUAUAAUCCAAAGAUUACUACGCACACUACGAAUGCUGACCGUUAUUGCAGCAGUCAACGUUCCUCUUUACAUGAUGUUGCUAUUCAAGGAUUGGAUUGACAAAUAAAGACAAGAUUCAUACGCGAGUUAUUAUAUCAUUCAGGUUUUACAUUAAGGUUUUGUUGUAAUGAAGAGUUAUAGUAGAACCAAUUAGAUAGUUCAAGUAGUUAAUUUCUAUCAGCAUGAUCUAAUCAAGCAUGUACUGAUGAUUCUGUAUAAUCUGUAGCUUGAAACAUAUACUUAAAUUAUUCAUGAUAGUGCCAUGAUCAUAUGGAGCUGAAUUAUUGUUUCUUGUGUCAGUUUCAAUUUUUUUAACAC